AUGUCUGCAGCAGAUAAAAAUGAUAAAAACCUUCGAUUGUUAGUUGUGUCUAAUAGAUUACCUGUCACUGUAAAUAAAGAUACAAAAACGGGUGAAUAUGCUUUUAAAAUGUCUUCGGGAGGUUUAGUUGCUGCAUUAAGUGGUUUAAAGAAAAUGAUGUCUUUUACCUGGAUUGGUUGGCCUGGCUUGGAUAUUCCAAAUGAGGAUAGAAAGCCACUUGAAGAAAGAUUAUUAAAUGAAACAUCAACUAUGCCUGUAUUUGUUGAUCAAGAACUAGCUGAUUUACAUUAUAAUGGAUUCUCAAACAGUAUUCUUUGGCCUCUUUUCCAUUAUCAUCCUGGUGAAAUCUCCUUUAACGAAGAAUGGUGGGAUGCAUACCAAAAAGUGAAUAGAUUAUUUGCUGAAGCUAUCGUAAAAAUCGUUCAGGAUGGUGACCUUGUUUGGAUUCAGGAUUAUCAUUUAAUGUUAUUGCCUGCAUUACUUCGAAAAUUAACAAAGAAGAAUAUUAAAAUUGGUUGGUUUUUGCAUACUCCUUUCCCUAGUAGUGAAAUUUACAGAAUUUUACCUGUGCGUAAGGAAAUUUUAUUAGGCGUUUUAGAGAGUGAUCUUCUUGGGUUCCACACUUAUGAUUAUGCUCGACACUUUUUAUCUUCAUGUACACGUAUCUUGGGUUUAUCUACAAUGCCAAAUGGAGUUGAAUUUGAAGGAAGGUAUAUUCAUGUUGGUACUUUCCCUAUUGGUAUUGAUCCUGAGAAAUUCACGGAUGCACUCAAGGAGACUAAGAUUCAAUCUCGUAUUCAGCAACUAAAGAAUAGAUUCGGUGAUUGUAAAGUAAUUGUAGGCGUAGAUCGUCUUGAUUAUAUUAAGGGUGUUCCUCAAAAGAUGCAUGCGAUGGAGGUCUUCUUGAGUCAGCAUCCUGAAUGGGUAGGUAAAGUUGUACUUGUUCAACUCGCCAUUCCCUCUCGUGAGGAUGUUGAAGAAUAUCAACAUUUGAGAAGUACGAUCAAUGAAUUGGUAGGCCGUAUUAAUGGUCAGUACGGUACAGUAGAAUUUGUUCCUAUUCAUUUUAUGCAUCGUUCAAUUCCAUUUGAUGAAUUGGUGGCUCUUUAUGCGGCUGCUGAUGUCUGUCUUGUUUCCUCUACACGUGAUGGUAUGAAUCUGGUAUCCUAUGAAUACAUUUCAUCUCAACAAGAGAAACAUGGUGUCUUGAUCUUAUCUGAAUUUGCGGGUGCUGCUCAGUCCUUGAAUGGCUCCAUCAUCGUGAACCCCUGGAAUACAGAGGAAUUGGCAAAUGCAAUUCAUGAAGCUGUUACUAUGCCCGAGGAUAUUCGUAAAGCCAAUCAUCAAAAGUUGUAUCGUUAUGUUACUAAAUAUACCGCUGCCUAUUGGGGUGUGAGUUUUGUAAAUGAAUUAAGACGAGUGAGUGAAGAAUUUGGUCAACGUAUGUCUAUCCCUCAAUUGGAUUGUAAGGCUAUCUUAACCAAGGCUAAGGAAGCUAAAAAGAAGAAGUUGAUCUUGCUUGAUUAUGAUGGUACCCUGACUACCACACAUAAGUUACCUGAAUUUGCCAAGCCCUCGCAAACCGUCCUGGACCAUUUGAAGACCUUGGCUGAACAACCUGAUACCUAUGUCUAUAUUCUCUCGGGCCGUUCUCGUCAUCACCUUGACAGUUGGUUUGAAUCCACCGGUAUUGGUCUCUCUGCUGAACAUGGCUGUUUCUAUAAACAUCCUGCUAACAUUCGUCAUCAACUUGACCCCACUGCCAUUGCCUCUAAUGAAGGUAAAUUAAUUAAGGAAGAAGAUAAUAAAUGGUAUUGUCUUGUGGAACAAGUGGAUCCUAGUUGGAAGGAAACCAUUCGUCCUCUCUUCCAACAUUAUACAGAACGUACACCCGGUUCAUUUAUUGAAGAGAAAGAAAUUAAUUUGACAUGGCAUUAUCGUAAUGCAGAUCCUGAAUUUGGUUCCUGGCAAGCUACUGAAUUACAAGUCAACUUGGAAAAGUUAUUAAGUCAUAUGGCUCUUUCUGUAAGUUUGUAUAUAGAUAGAUAG